AUGCGUCCAGCAUGUCACUCGCGGCUAUCAUGUCGCACGAUCCUCUCCUCCACUCGCUCUCAAGGCCUGCGCAAGCACUCACUUCUGCGCAUACAACCCACACCUCGAACCCUUAGCACCGCACCUCAACACCGCGCAAUCAAUCAAACAAAAGCUUCAACUCCUUUAUAUACAACGCGACGAUCCUUCGGGCUCCCCUCUCUCUCCUCAUUCCUCCCCUCCUCACCAAACGGCAACAAUAACUCGCCCAAGCGCGUCCUAACCGCAACCCGCACACUCCCCUACUCGCCCGCAUUACUGUUCAAAGUGAUCUCCUCCGUCGAAUCAUACUCGCAAUUCCUCCCUUUCCUCAACGAAUCAACCGUGACAGCCCGCGACCCGGAAACAGGAUACCCAACACAAGCCUACUUAACCGUGGGAUACGGCCCGCUCAGCGAGACCUUUACCUCACGCGUGGACUGUGAUCCGGCCAAUUGGACCGUUGAGGCGCGGAGCGGGGAGAAGUAUGGGAAAGUCGAUGGCAAUGCUGGCAGUGCCAGGAGCGGUGCCUCAUCUGGGUUGAGUGGGUUCUUCCCCGGGGCGUCGGAGGGGAUCUUUGAAUACCUUUCUACGAGGUGGGAACUUGUGCCUGUGGCUUCUGUUGGGGCGCAGGGUGGACCGCAGACGAAGGUGAAUUUGGAGGUGCGGUUUGAGUUCCGGAAUCAGUUGCAUGCGACUGUUAUGGGGGCGGUGGAGGGUCAGAUGGCUGGUACUAUGAUUGAGGCUUUUGAGAAGCGGAUCCGGGAGAGUCAUUCUCGGGGGCAAUAG